GGAAAAGUAAAGAGAGAGAGAGAGAGAAGACAAGAAAAUGAGGAAGAGAGUACAGAGUAGCAUUUUCUUUUCUUCCUCGCUUCUUCUUCUCUCCAUCUCUCUCUCUUCAUAUGUUUUGUCUGUACUUGAGAUUCCGUAAAGAAACUCUUUUUUAUUAAACUCUCCCCUUCUCUCUUUCCCACUCGGUGAGCGCGUGUUGAAGGAAGAGAGAUACUCAGAGAAAGAGAGAUAAGCAGAUUUGGCUUACAUCUAUCUUCAUCUCCGGCUAAGUUUCUGACGUAUCCCAGCUAACAGGGACUAAAAUGAAUGAGCUCCGAGGCAGAAAGGUUCAGAAGAUUGAAAGUCCAGUUCCAGGAUGCUUAGGGAGGAUGGUAAACCUAUUUGAUCUCGGAACAGCUGUUAAUGGGAACAAGAUGCUUACUGAUAAACCUCAUCGUGAUGGAUCCUCUCUGUCAAGGAGCCGAUCUGAUGUAUCUCGAAUGCCAAGCCCCUCCUAUAAAGGCCAUUCAGAAGCUGAAAUGAUUAUGUCUGAUUUAAGGAGAAAUGCUUCUAGCAAAGCAAGUGGUACACCAAUGAAAAAGCUCAUUGCUCGAGAAAUGUCAAAAGAGGUCGAACCUAAACAGAGCCCUACUAAUGUGGUUGCGAAGUUGAUGGGUUUGGAGACACUUCCCCAGACUGUUACACAGCGAAGCAAAUCCAGAAGCUAUUCACACUCUUCUCCGAAUCAUCCAGUGACUUCUAUGGAUGUUGAGGUCCAAAUGUAUCAGGACCUCAGCAGAGAAUAUAAAGAUGUGUAUGAAACGUGGCAGUCGCCUCAGAAGAUGAGUCGUUCAAGGGAUAGCUCGCCUAGAAAAGGAAGAUAUGAUGAAAAUGCAACUGAGAAACUUGUUCGUCAAAAGUUUGCAGAAGCAAAACGCCUUGUUACUGAUGACAGUCUUCACCAAUCCAAAGAGUUCCAAGAAGCACUUGAAGUUUUAAGCUCCCACAAGGAUUUGUUUGUUAAGUUGCUCCAGGAAUCAAAUUCUUUCUCUCAGCAACUUUCAGACUCUCAGACUGGUGUUCCUUCUCAGUCAGAGGCGAAACGCAUCACAGUGUUGAGACCUUCAAAGGCUAUUGAAACUGAGAGAUUUGUGGUUCAAGGGAGGAAGAACAAGCAGGUUAAGAAAAUGGCUUCAUCAUCAAGUCAAGAAAGACCUGUACAACCAACACGUAUUGUCGUCUUGAAGCCUAGUCUAGGGAAGCCUAAAGCUGUUUCAUCAUCUCCAUCCACUCCUAGGGGUGUACACAGUGAAGGCUAUUUUGAUGAGUCUGGAGAUGUUGAUCAGUCUAAAGAAGUGGCAAAGGAAAUAAUGUUACAAGUGCGGGAAAAUCUGAUGUGUCACCGCAGGAAUGAGACACAAUGUUCUUCCGUCUUGUCCAAUGGUUAUAAUGGUGAUGACAGUUCGUUUAACAAAUCUGAUAACGAAGAUCUAGUAGGAAACCUUAGUGAUUCUGAGAUAAUGUCACCAGCUACUAGACAUUCAUGGGACUGUCCAAAUAGGUUUGAAAGUCCUUUCUCUCCUUCCUCUUUCAGCCGAGCUUCAUUUUCUCCGGAGUCAUCUGUCUGCAGAGAGGCAAAGAAGCGACUCUCUGAAAGAUGGGCGUUGAUGUCAGUAACCAGAAGCACUCAGCCGUAUAAACACUUGCCAAGAAACUCAAGCACCUUAGGUGAAAUGCUUUCACUCUCAGAGACCAAAGUGAUAACUGGAUCCUACGAGGAUAGUGAUGAAAUAGUACCAGAGACAAGGGUAUCAACGUCAUGCAUAAACACUCAUCUGAAUCAAGUGGAAAUGGCUGGUGACUCUCUGAAUAUCCUUGCAAGGUCAAAAUCAGUCUCUGACGUUAGGCUUAAUGGAGAAACAUCUGUUUUAAGGACUUCUAAAGCACAGUACCCACAAGAGCUCACUGAGACGGGAAGCUUAAAAUCAUCAUGGAAAGUUUCUAACUUGUUCUCAUUCAAGAACAAGAAAGCAAGCAAGGAGAAGAGAGAUGUAUCUCAGCACAGUGGUAUGUCUCAGUUAGCAACGCCUUCUUCUGUGACUCUUCCUAGCGAACAUUGUCUCCCACCUGAUGCAUCACAACAGCAAAGUGUAAUCUCAGGCGAGGAGGAACUGACUACACCGAGGCCUCUAGAGGCUGGGAAUACAAGUGAGAAACAGGACGAGCUCAGUCCAAUUUCUGUUUUGUUUCCUCCUUUUGAAGAGGAAGGUGUAAGCACUCCAGAAUGUUCCACUUCAAGCAAGCUAUGGACAACUCAAGGAGAGGAAGUGUCUCUUAAAUCUAAUCUAAUUGACAAAUCACCACCAAUCGGGUCAAUUGCUCGGAUCCUCUCAUGGGAUGAUGACUCUUGCACAGACAACAUAUCUAAACCUGCAAUAGGAGUCCAUGAGGAUGAAGACUGGUUCUUAUUCAUAGAAACGAUACUGACAGCUGCUGGUUUCAGCAACACCGUCUAUUAUGACAAUCUCAUGUCGCGGUGGCACGUGCCAAACAGUCCCUUAGACCCUUCACUCAGAGAGAAAUACACCAACCUAGAUAACAACAACAUCAGGGAGUUUGUUAACGAAGGGAAACGCAGACAACACAGGUCAACUCGUAAGCUCAUUUUUGACAGCAUUAACUCCAUCGUUUCAGAAACAACGACCACACCCAUGGGCAAUUAUUCUCCGCCUUUGGACUUGGUGGAGCAUGUCUGGUCCCAGGUAAAGGACUGGCUUUCAGAUGAGCCUAGCAAGCGUGACUAUGUAGAGGACAUGGACGCAAACAGUGCGGCUGCAGAGAGUCUAGUUAAAGAGGAGAUUGUUGGGAGGAAAUGGAUUCAUAGCUUUCAAGUUGAAAUAGACGAACUUGGGAUUGGUAUCGAAAAGGCAUUGUUGCAAGAGCUAAUAGAGGAAGCCGUUCUCGAUCUUACACGAUGA